AAUAAGCAUGAAUACGACCUGGCUACCUGAAGGAGGUGGGACGGGGAACCGAACAGCAUCAGGUGGUGGAAUGCCAGGGAAAUCCAACCGUGCUUCCCACGCUGGCAUCGCUCUGAUUGUGACCAAUCCUCUAAUCUUAUUCUCACAAUUACGGAGGCAGAAAAAAAAAACCCAAACCAAAAAAGAAGUUGGUAGGUGACUCUGUGAGACUACUGUUUUAUAAAGGGAGCGUUUCCUUUUAUAAAAUUUAGCUGAGCAGAUGCAGUAUGCUCUGCUCAUACUGUGCAGUGGCCCCACAGGGGGCCACUAUUCCCCUCAGCUGUAUAGUCUGGGAAAAUACCUGUACACCCGGAGAACAGAGAGCUUGCUGUGUGUUGAGUUCGCUCCUGUUUAUCAGCAGCUCUUUCCCUGCCUCUGGCCACCAGGGGGACCUGCAACCUGUUCUUUCAGGCGAGCGGGAACGCGUCUGCAUAAAUCUGGCCCAAUCCAGGGCCCCGUAGCAAGGCGCCAAAGCAAGGGGAAGCGCAUUUCUGUUCUCUCGCGAGCACGACGCGGCACCUCCCAGCCCUUCUCCGGCCCUCCCUCUCCACCCUCCCGGCCGGCGGGCGAUCGAGCCCCUUCCAGUGGCUCGCGGCAGGUGGCGCUGUCUGCGGCGUCGCAGCGGCCCGGGCCGCAGCGGAGACGAUCUCCCGGCGGGCUGUGCGGCCCGGCUCUCCGGCGGCAGCGAGUGCCACGUCCCAAGUGCUACGCGGAGGAGCAGAGCGGGCGGUGCGCGGGGGGCGGGAGCAGCGCGGAUCCCGGCUCGGCCACACAGAUCGCCCGCCGCCAUGGGCUCCUCGCAGAGCGUCGAGAUCCCAGGCGGGGGCACCGAAGGCUACCACGUUCUACGGGUACAAGAAAAUUCCCCAGGACACAGAGCUGGAUUGGAGCCUUUCUUUGAUUUCAUUGUUUCUAUUAAUGGUUCAAGAUUAAAUAAAGACAAUGACACUCUUAAGGAUCUGCUGAAAGCAAACGUUGAAAAGCCUGUAAAAAUGCUUAUCUAUAGCAGCAAAACGUUGGAGCUGCGAGAGACCUCAGUCACACCAAGUAACCUGUGGGGCGGCCAGGGCUUAUUGGGAGUGAGCAUUCGUUUCUGCAGCUUUGAUGGGGCAAAUGAAAAUGUUUGGCAUGUGUUGGAAGUGGAAUCAAAUUCUCCUGCAGCACUGGCAGGUCUUAGACCACACAGUGAUUAUAUCAUUGGAGCAGAUACAGUCAUGAAUGAGUCUGAAGAUCUAUUCAGCCUUAUUGAAACACAUGAAGCAAAACCAUUGAAACUUUAUGUGUACAACACAGACACUGAUAACUGUCGAGAAGUGAUUAUUACACCAAAUUCUGCAUGGGGUGGAGAAGGCAGCCUAGGAUGUGGCAUUGGAUAUGGUUAUUUGCAUCGAAUACCUACACGCCCGUUUGAAGAAGGAAAGAAAAUUUCUCUUCCAGGACAAAUGGCUGGUACACCUAUUACACCUCUUAAAGAUGGGUUUACAGAGGUCCAGCUGUCCUCAGUUAAUCCCCCGUCUUUGUCACCACCAGGAACUACAGGAAUUGAACAGAGUCUGGCUGGACUUUCUAUUAGCUCAACUCCACCAGCUGUCAGUAGUGUUCUCAGUACAGGUGUACCAACAGUACCGUUAUUGCCACCACAAGUAAACCAGUCCCUCACUUCUGUGCCACCAAUGAACCCAGCUACUACUUUACCAGGUCUGAUGCCUUUACCAGCAGGACUGCCCAACCUCCCCAGCCUCAACCUCAACCUCCCAGCACCACACAUCAUGCCAGGGGUUGGCUUACCCGAACUUGUAAACCCAGGUCUGCCACCUCUUCCUUCCUUGCCUCCCCGAAACUUACCUGGCAUUGCACCUCUCCCCCUGCCAUCCGAGUUCCUCCCGUCAUUCCCCUUGGUUCCAGAGAGCUCUUCUGCAGCAAGCUCAGGAGAGCUGCUGUCUUCCCUCCCGCCCACCGGCAACCCACCCUCCGACCCUGCCACAACUACUGCAAAGGCAGACGCUGCCUCCUCACUCACUGUGGAUGUGACGCCCCCCACUGCCAAGGCCCCAGCCACGGUUGAGGACAGAGUCGGCGAGUCCACGCCAGUCAGCGAGAAGCCUGUUUCUGCGGCUGUGGAUGCCAGUGCUUCUGAAUCACCUUAACAUUGAACCGUUCUUCGGAAUUGGCGUGGUAUAUUUAUUUAACCACGGGAGUGUGUCUGGAAAUGCAAACUAUCAUUAAUUUCAUACUAGUUUGUACCGUAUCUGUAGGCAUCCUGUAAAUAAUUCCUACAGGGGAUACUAAACGAGGACGUGGGUUGUUUCCUGCCAAGUUGAGUGGGGCUCACGCGCUAGGGCAAGAUGUCAGAAAGUGCUUGUAUUUUAAACAACCAAAAAGAAUUGUAAUGGUGGCUUGCUGUCAGGCUUGCAGUGCCAUUGCUGCGGGUGUGCAUCUUCGGGAAAGGUGGUGACGGGGCGUCCACUAGGUUUCCUGUCCCCUGCUGCUCUUUCCGUAAGAAAAUGAAAUAUUCUAUGCCUAGUACUCACACGCAACAUUUCUUGUACUUUGUAAGUCGUUUGCGAGACUGCAGACCACUUCACAAAACUAAACGGUAAAGAGAUUUUACUUUUGGUCUCCGUGAGUCGCAUCUCUAUUAAGGUUUACACAGGAAUUCCACCUGAAGACUUGUGUUAAAGUUCCACAGCGCUCACUGUUAAUUGAACGUCUUUUUCUUCAGCCUAUACACGGAUCCUUGUUUUGAGCUCUCUGAAUCACUCAGACAACAUUUUGUAACUGCUGCUGUUGCUUUCUACGUCCACCUUAUAAAGUGGCAUUUCAAAAGAAAUAAAGAAGGUGUCACAGUUUUAAACCAGAAGGUGGCACUCUGUGGCUCCUUGUAGUAUUAUAGCUAUACUGGGAAAGCAUAGAUACAGCAAUAAAGUACAGUAAUUUUACUUUUUUUCUUGUGUUACAUCUAAAUUACAACCCUUAAUUGCCACGUGUGCACUUACUACUCUCCGGUAUGUCUUACUACUCUCCAGUAUGUCAUGCAUCUUUAACUUUUCAUGUCCUAUGUUUGCUUUCUCCCGUUUUUAAGAGAUGGUAAGUUAACUGGAGUUGAUUUACUGAAUGAAAUUAAAUGCAGAUAUCCAUGUUUUUGAAAUAA